AUGCUGACGCGCUCUACAGACAACACGCAAGCUACCGCGCGAACGGCACGCUGCGGUCGAGGGAUGACGAAAACAACAUCUAACAGUGAUUCAAGUCCGUAUGCGAAUGUGACUUCUACGAACACCCCUCCGACAACACCGGUCAUGCCUUCAGCUUCAGCUAUGCGCAAUAGCAAUGGUAUCGCUACGCUGUGUGAUUGUGAUGUUCGGUCGCAAUUAGAAGAAGAGGCUAUGGCUGCCGUUCGAGAAUUUUCUUUUGCUGUGCAGUCCCUUUGUCUCUCCGAAAUGCUGCCACGUACCCCUGAAUUGCUGUUCCUGAAUCUUACGACUUUGGAACAUGUCACGUACUGCAUCGAAUUGACCGGUGAGCAUAUUCGUUUCACUUCAUAA